AUGUUUCUCAGUCAUCAAAUCUUGGACGUGGGAGUCAUCGUCACUUUGGAGUGUGGAGACGACAUUGGCAUGCAUGCCAACAGAGAAGUCAAGAAGACACUGCUGCUCACCUACUAUGACCCGAAGGGUAGUCUGGGGUGUCAAUUGGUCAACACAGAUAAGGGCUCGGAUGACCACAUGUUUCUGCCUGGUUACGCUGUGAUUGGCAAAUUAUUAAAAGGUGAAACAGUAGCUCGAAAGUUUGACGUUCGGGUGGGAGAUGUGAUUGUCGCCGUCAAUGGCACUGGGUAUCGUCGAUUUGCCCCAGAUUACAAAGAAGCAGAUGUCGAAUAUCUCAACAAGGACGAGGAAAAGGUAGAUGUUACCCUCGAUAAUGCCGUUGUAGCAGCUGGAGAAGCAUACAAUCAAUUGCUGUCCAAAAUCAAAGCCAUCAAGGCCGCUGCACCCGAUCCACCGCUCAUCCUCACACUGGAACGAUACGGUGGGACCCCGCUCCAAUUCAUGGCCUCGAUACUUGGCGGCACCGAUAACAACGUACGGAUUGGAAACUCUCAACGCAUUUACAAAAUCUUUGAACCAAACUACCCCGAGACACUCUUCAAGAUGGUCAUGUUCCCCGUAUCCAGCAUGGUGGGUCUGACGGCAAGGUCGCUUCUCAGUUUUGUAAAUGAAAAGACACAAUCCAAGUUCCUCAUCACAAACAGCCUAGACAAAGUAUGCGAGGAAUUGGGUUGGGAGAAACGGGAUGUCGACGACUGCGGCGGUAUCAAGGAGUUUAUGGAGAAGCACGAAAAAGUGGGAGACUCAUUUUUGUUUUAA